AUGCCGCUGGGAGGUCUCGGUGGUCUCACAAAAACAGUAGGAGGAGGAGGCGGCGUCGGAGGGCUCACGAGUGGUCUCACCGACGGGGGCGGCGUCGGCCAGCUCACAGGCGGGCUCACCAACGGGGGCGGCCUCGGCCAGCUGACGGGCGGGCUCACGGGCGGCGACGGGGGCCAGCAGCAGCAGCACGGCAAGGUGGGCGGCUUCCACGGCGAAGGGUCGGACGUGAAGCAGUACAGCGGGGCCAAGAAGCCCAAGGAGCGCAACACCAUCGCCAAGCGCAACCUGGCCGACGCCAUCGACUGCGAGACGCUCCUGUGGCGCGCCUACUGCGACGAGCCCGACUCGGUGCUCGAGUACAUGGCCAAGGACUGCGUCGUCAUCGACCCCGUCACCCUGGGGACCUCGCACCCUGUCACCUACGACGAGCUCGAGGAGAGGCUCCGCAAGGUCAAGCCCUGGUCGGCGUACCGCAUCGACAAGGACACGCGGGUCGUCAGCCAGAUUGGCCUGAUGAGCAUGUCGACCAUGUGCAAGGUUACUCUGUACAAGAUGGGCGACAAGGCAAAGGAUAAUGACCAGGUUGAGGCUGUCACCUCGGCCGUCUGGAGGCAGACCGCUGGCGCCGAGUGGGAGUGCUGCAGUAUGCUGGUUGGGUAUGCCGAGUAG